AUGUCUAAGACAAAUGUUAAAACCUUAUGCAUACAGAUUGGAUUAGCAGUAUUCGUCAUAGCCCUUACCCUGGUGCGCUCUGAGCCGCCGGUGAACUCAUAUUUGCCACCAAACGGCGGUGGCAACGGAGGAGGUGGCGGAGGACCGUCCAACACUUACGGCCCGCCUGGUUUCGACGGGCAGAACGGCAUCGGAGGAGGCGACAGCGGUCGUAAUGGUUUAUCAAAUAGUUACGGAGUACCUGGCUCGAACGGUGGAAGGAAUGGCAAUGGCAGAGGAAAUGGUUUCGGCGGUGGUCAACCUUCUAGCUCUUACGGAGCACCAUCCAAUGGACUCGGUGGAAACGGAGGUUCAGGUGCCGGAAGACCAUCCAGCAGUUACGGAGCACCUGGUGGAGGAAAUGGUUUCGGCGGUGGUCAACCUUCCAGCUCUUACGGUGCACCGUCCAAUGGACUCGGUGGAAACGGAGGUUCAGGUGCCGGAAGACCAUCCAGCAGCUACGGAGCACCUGGUGGGGGAAAUGGUUUCGGUAGUGGUCAGCCUUCUAGUUCUUAUGGUGCACCGUCCAAUGGACUCGGUGGAAACGGAGGUUCAGGAGCCGGAAGACCGUCCAGUAGUUACGGAGCACCUGGCGGAGGAAAUGGUUUCGGUGGUGGAAGCAACGGAGCUGGCAAGAACGGAUUCGGCGGUGCUCCAUCGAACAGCUACGGUCCUCCAGAAAACGGAAAUGGUUUCGGUGGUGGCAAUGGAGGUGGAUCUCCAUCGGGUCUCUAUGGACCUCCUGGAAGAAACGGUGGAAACGGCGGGAACGGUGGAAACGGUGGCAAUGGAGGACGGCCAUCGAGUAGUUACGGAACGCCUGAGAGAAAUGGAGGAAGACCAUCGGGUCUUUAUGGACCACCAGGUAGAAAUGGAAAUAACGGCGGCGGAAAUGGAGGAUAUAACGGUGGCAAUGGUGGAUAUCCAUCAGGAGGACCGGGUAGUAACGGGGGUGGCAAUGGUGGAUAUCCUUCUGGAGGUCCUGGUGGCAAUGAUGGCUAUCCUUCUGGAGGUCCCGGUGGUAAUGGCGGCGGCAACGGUGGUUAUCCUUCUGGACCAGGUGGAAAUGGUGGCGGUAACGGAGGUUACGGGGAAGAUGAAAAUAACGAACCAGCAAAGUACGAAUUCUCUUAUGAAGUCAAGGACGAGCAGUCCGGAGCUGAUUAUGGCCAUACGGAAAGCAGAGACGGGGAUCGCGCACAGGGAGAGUUCAAUGUUCUGCUUCCUGAUGGCAGAAAACAAAUCGUUGAGUACGAAGCUGAUCAAGAUGGAUUUAAACCUCAAAUUAGAUACGAAGGUGAAGCGAAUGGCCAAGGAUAUGGUUCUGGUGGACCAGGAGGCAAUGGUGGAGAUAAUGGAUACCCAAGUGGCGGACCUAACGGAGAUGGAGCCGGAGCAGGGUAUCCGUCGGGAAGACCAGGUGGUGACAAUGGCGGUUACAGAAAUGGAAAUAACGGUGGCAACGGUGGCAACGGUGGAAACAAUGGAGGAUAUCCAUCCGGAAGUGGUGGCGACGCAGCGGCUAACGGAGGAUAUCAAUACUAAAUGUUCAUCUAAGCGUAGUAAUAUAUAUCGCGUGUAUUACAAAAGGGGAAUACAUAGGGCAACGUUUAUCAUAACGCAUGGGAUAGUUUCUGUCUGGAACAGUAAGAACGCAACU